AAGUGACUUCAUUUUUUAUAAAACAAUAUAUUGUUAAUUGAAGAUGUCAUAUUACCCGUUUUGCGAUGCUUGCACGCUAUUGUUAACAUGUGUGUAACUGUAUAGAAACUCUCCCUUAAUUUAUAUUGCUUAAAUAAAGAAAACAGCUGUUUGCUAUAACUUUACCUGAUUUAUUUUAUUGUACUUAACGUUUUACUAAACAAUAAAACAAAAUUUCGUAAAUUUGUGGAAAAAAUGUUUGAAGUAGAACAGAUAAUUGCUGAUCACAAAGAUGUUAUACAUGAUGUGGUAUUUGAUUAUUAUGGACGUCGCAUGGCUACUUGUUCCAGUGAUCAAACAGUAAAGGUUUGGGAUGAAAACGAUCAAGGAAAGUGGUCUGUAACAUCAAGUUGGAAGGCGCACUCUGGGUCAAUAUGGCGAGUAUCGUGGGCUCAUCCGGAGUUUGGGCAGGUAUUGGCUACAUGCUCAUUUGAUCGGACUGCUUCCGUCUGGGAAGAAGUACUGGGUGAGAAGGUAGCGGCGACUAUGACUCCAACGAGACGUUGGGUCCGACGAACCACUUUGGUAGAUUCACGGACGAGUGUAACUGACGUAGAAUUUGCACCAAAGUAUUUAGGUCUAGUGUUGGCCACUGCGUCUGCUGAUGGUAUUAUACGUAUUUAUGAAGCCCCAGAUAUAAUGAAUUUAAGCCAAUGGCCGGUACAGCACGAAAUUGCUAAUAAAUUUCCUCUAAGUUGUCUGUCAUGGAAUACUUCAACUUACAAAUUGUCUUCCCAAUUAUUAGCGGCUGGUAGCGAUGAUAUGGCCACAAUUACGGGUAAAGUUUUUAUAUUUGCUUACAGUGAGAAUGCACGCAAAUGUGUUAAGGUCGAUACCAUCAAUGACAUCACAGAUCCUGUUACUGAUUUAUCUUUUGCCCCAAAUGCUGGACGUACUUUUCACAUAUUAGCUGUUGCUAGUAAGGAUUUAUAUAUCGUUAAUAUCAAGGGGACAACCUUAAGUCACGUCGACUGCGGAAAUCAGCUAAUUCAAUGUAUGAGGACGCCCAGGCUUUCCCAAAAACUCAUAAUUAUCGCCCUUUUCCUACUUCAAUUUAUCAAAAUAAUAUAAAAGUUUACUAGAUGAAAUUUUGCGGUCUUAUUCAUGAUUUCAAUGGACGGGCAACAGGUACCUAAUCAUAAAUAUAUACCUUAUAUGUUUCUGUGCAAAUACGAUAUUCUGGUCACAAAGUAAUAUAUCCUUUUUUGUUUGCUUAACAUAUGCAUGAAAGAUUUUCAGGCAAUGUUUAUGCAACCGGUAACAAGGAAUAGUGUUAAACGGCGUUGAACGUUAACUCACUGAACUGUAUCGUUAACCCAGCAGCCGUAAGUUUAUUUCUGGUCCUUGAAACUCAUUAUAAUUAAUAAGCACGAGAAAUGCUGUAUCUACGUGUGCAAAAAUGUCCGCACAUUUCGGUUUUGGUGGUUACUCGCUAUUCAUUUGUAGCAAUAGCGGUCAGCAAUGCAUUGGUGCAUUAUUUUUUGUUUUACAUAAUAUGCCUUCCAGAGAAAAAAAUUUACAUAAACAGAAGUUUAAAACGCGGAAAAUACAGCUGGUGGGAUAAUUAAAACAAAUUAGAUGACUGAUAAGUAUAAGAGAGCUGCUGCGCUGCGCUCUUGCUAAUGAGCGCCGGAAGAAAGCUUAGUUAAAAAAGGUCUAAUUUUAUUUAUAAUUGCGAACGUGUUUUUAUUAGAAACAUGAUUUUCAAUUUAGUUGUUUCGCAACUUUUUAAAGCUUUCAACAUUUUACGUACCUGUUACCGAAAAAAAAUGGUAUUUUGACGUUGUGAGAGUCAGAGAUUCGAAAUACGUGGAUUUCCUUGUCGGUGUCUACGUCUAGCCUGACGUAAAGUCCAUGAAUGAAAUAUGGAAAUACAAUUACGUUGAAAUUCCAUCUACAACUGUGCAGUUGGGAAACAAAGUUUUUAUGUGUGUAUUGUAUCUCUAUCAAAAUUAUUUCAAAUUUCUGUAAUGCCAAGAUUAAAUUUUUAUGCUUAACUUAAACCCCAGUAAUCCCCCUUCUUAAUAAUGCUUUAAUAAACUUAGAACAAUAUUCUCAUACAUUUAAAGUUUGAAAACUUUUAAUAAAAAUAAAAUGAAAUUUUAUGACAAACAUUUUUUGGAGAAAUUCUAUACGUAUUUACAUUGAAGACAGGCCGUGAUAAGUUUUGGUAUCAUAUUUUAUGUACCUUGUGGGCAAACUAAUUCUUGUUAUACCGUACGCCAAUUGCGGUACAGGGUGUAUUAGGUCGUAAGUGGACGUAUGUAACACGCAGAAGUGUUGAAGAAAGAUCAAUCUUUUAUUAUACAGUUCGAUUCAGAAUCGUUCAGA